AUGGCGUUCUUUGAAACUUUACGUGAUAAGGCCGUGAAUACAAUUAACCAAGUAUUAGAUAAGAAGAAUGUUUCAGGUCUCACAAAAGAUCAAUUGUUUUGUCAUGAAAACCGCUUACCAGGAGAUGAAUCAAUUAUAGAUGAAUCAGCGGUUGAAGUUGGAAUUAAAGCUGACGAAAGUAAAGAUCAUUAUAAAGAUAUGGCAAUUCCCCAAGGUAGAAUAUACUUGACACAACACUUUUUAGUAUUUCGUGAUGCAUUUGAUAGAAGAAAUUGCUCCUUUUCAUUACACUUAUCUACGAUUAAGAAAGUUGAAAGAUUACCCACAGCAUCUUACGGAUUUGCUUUGGCAAUAACUACUCACAGCAAAAUAAAAAUUACAUUGUCUCUUAUUGGGCUUCGAUCGGACAGUGAAAAGUUUGCUCAAAAUAUGAAAUUGGCAUUAAAGAAGAAUUUAUCAAACAUUCAGAAAUUACAACCAUUUAUUCAAACAUGUUAUUCUGAAUACUUGUUAUCUAAGAACAAAAUUUCAGAUGAAAAGAUUGAAGUAAUCCCAGCAGGUGGUCUUGGGUUGAAGUUCAAGUUUCCUGGUAAUUCAAAGGAAUCUAGAGAUAAAUCUAAAAUGAAAUUAUGGUUUGAUCUUUUCAGAGCAGAUGGUAGGAAUUUAUCGCUUAUCAAAACGCCUAUGUUCUAUAGGUUGGUGAGAGUUGGAUUGCCUAAUAGGUUGAGAGGUGAAAUAUGGGAAUUAUGUUGCGGGUCAAUGUACUUGAGAUUAGCAAAUCAAGAGGAAUAUCAUGAAUUAUUGAACAACAACAAGGAAAAGCAAUCAUUGGCCAUAGAAGAAAUAGAAAAAGACUUGAACAGGUCGCUACCUGAAUAUGCAGCUUAUCAAAGUCCAGAAGGAAUUACAAGGUUACGUAAUGUAUUAACCGCCUAUUCCUGGAAAAAUGCGGAAGUAGGAUAUUGUCAAGCCAUGAAUAUUGUGGUUGCUGCUCUACUUAUAUUUAUGUCAGAACAACAGGCAUUUUGGUGUUUAAAUGUUUUGUGUGAUAGGAUUGUUCCAGGGUAUUACUCGCGAACAAUGUAUGGCACACUUUUAGACCAAAGAGUAUUUGAAUCUCUAGUUCAGGAAACAAUACCCAUGUUAUGGGAGCAUAUUACAAAAAAUGAUAUUCAAUUAUCGGUUGUAUCUUUGCCUUGGUUUCUUUCAUUAUAUUUAAGCUCUAUGCCCUUGAUAUUUGCGUUCAGGAUUCUUGAUGUUUUUUUCUUACAAGGCCCUAAAACAUUAUUUCAAGUUGCAAUUGCUGUAUUGAAAUUAAAUGGUGAAAAAUUGUUAAAGACAGAAGAUGAUGGAACGUUUAUCUCAAUUUUGAAGAAUUAUUUUCAAACCUUGGAUCAAUCAGCACACCCUGAUUCUCCAAAUCAAAAAUAUAGAUCGAUUACUAAGUUUCAGGAAUUGCUUGUAACAGCAUUUAAAGAGUUUUCUGUUAUAGACGAUGACAUGAUAAACAAGCAUCGUAGUAAACACAGAGAUACAAUAUAUCAAAAUAUUUCUACUUUUGUUAAAAGGACUGAAUUGAGAAACUUACCAAGAACUAACAAUUUUAAUCAAGAUACCUUGGGGAUAAUUUACGAUAGAUUCUAUUCUAUUGUAGAGUCUUAUAGUAUUACAAUGGGUUCAGGUUCUAGUGCUAUGGAUUUCAAAGCGUUCAGAACAUUUAUGUCCGAAAUUUGCGAUUGGGUUCAAGCCCCAAACGACACGGAGAAAAUUAAUGAUCCGAAUGAAAAUAAUGAAGACUUCUUACAUAGAUUAUUUUCCCACUGGUCUUCAGAAGGUGAGGAUACCAUUACUUUAUCUGAUUUGGUCGUAGGCUUGAAUAAGUUAUAUGAACCUGAUUUAAUGACUUCAAUAACAAAUUUCUUCCAGUUAUAUUGCAACGAAAAUGGAAAAAUUGACAGGGAAGGAAUAUUGCAAAUUUCAGAAGAUUUGCUAUACCUUACAACUCCGUGGAAAGAUGGUUUGCUUUUGGAUCAUAUAACGGAAGGCGCUAUUGAAAAUGCAAUCGCUGAUGAAAUUUAUAAACAGCAGAAAGAAAAUGGUGCCCAUUUUGAUGAAAAUGACAUUUCUUUACCAACAGAAGCUAAUAUAGAUAGACAGAAAUUAGAAAACCAACAAAUGGAAAGAUAUUUAUCAGCUGCAAGUACAUUUAUACAAAGAUCGUUUGAAUAUGCACAGCCAGAGGAUGAAGAAUUGCUUAUCAAGGAUUUGGCAAUCGAUAAUAAAAUUUCGCAUAACGCAGCUCUCAACCCUAAUGCGCCAGUUUUUGUUAAUUUACCAACAUUUAGAAUGGUUGUUUUGGCGGAUGAAACGUAUGAGUUAUUUUUCAGUAAGACUUUACGAACCUCUAUCCAUGUAUCAAAACCACUUGAUUCCAAAUUUAAUACCAUUCGUAAUUUGAGAGACAUGUUUGAUGGAUUAUUAGCAGAUGGUAGGAAGGUUGCAAACAAGGUGCGUCGUCGUAUGGACUCAGCUGCUACUAGCACUUUGAAUAACCCUAACAACAGUAGUAAUGAGAAUGCAACGUCAAAAUCACACAGUCCUGAAAAAAGUAAAGACGAAGAAGAAGAAAGAGAUGAUGACUUUGGUGUUAUUUCUAUAGAUGAGAAGGAUAAAGAUUUAUUAUUAGGAACUGAAGGACAGGUUUCUGUGGACCCUAUGAAGAAUUCUCUUUCGGCUAGCGAAGAAUUAUCAAAAUUCCGUAACGCGGAGGACAUGUCAAAAAAGCAGAACAUAGGAAAAGAUAUUACUGGCAAAGAUAAAAAUUUGAUUGAAUUCGAAACCUAG